GACACUGGUUAGUUAUAAAUGUGAAACGAUAGUGUAUGGUUCUAAAUUUUAUAAACAAAAAUAAAACACUGUAUACAAUAAUUAACAAAUGCGAGAUGAGUCGAAAGGAAGCAUUAUCUCAAUUUAUUCAACAGAUCCAUGGUCGUCCUGUUGUUGUGAAGUUAAAUAGUGGUAUAGAUUAUAGAGGUGUUUUAGCAUGUCUCGAUGGUUACAUGAAUAUUGCACUUGAACAAACCGAAGAAUAUGUGAACGGCCAGUUAAAAGACAAAUAUGGCGAUGCUUUUAUACGUGGUAAUAAUGUAUUAUAUAUCAGCACACAAAAACGUAAAACUUAA